AUGGCGGGAAAAGCCACGUGUGCCAGUGUUAAACGAGCCGUCGGUGACAGAAGACGUUCUGUUGACGAUUGCAGUUGGUUAUUUAUUAGUCUCAACACCGUGAAUAGAAAAAACGCAGAUUUAAUAUGGUGUCAAAAGAUGAAAAUCAAAAGCGAAGACAUAACAAUAGAAGCCAUGAGGAGGUUGCGCGAAGCAAGAAAAAAAGAUCCAGAGCUAUAUGAAGAAGAAAAGCGAAAAGAAAGAGAGCGAUGGAAAAGACGUAAAGAACAAGGAAAAAUUAAAAAUAUAGACCAAAUGACAGAUAGAGAAAAAAGAAAACAACGUAAAAAGUGGAGAGAAAGCAGCAAACAAAAUUACGAUAAAACAAAGCAAGCCAAGAACCUCUUAAUAAAAUUAUCUGAAGAAAGUCCUCCCCCAAGUCCUGUUCCAGAGCAGUUGCUUGAUCAAGCAGGUCCUUCAAAUCAAAAUGAAGAUGGCAGAGUUCGAGAAGGGCGGCUAAGAAGACGAAGAAAGUUAGAGAAAUUAAAUAAGGAAAUAUUAAGUUUGAAAAUGCGAUUAAAGAUUGAAGAGAAUAAGAAACUGAAAUACAAACAAAAAGUAAAGCGACUAAAAUCGAAGUAUGAAAACACAAAGCCCACUCCUAUAAGAAAUGUAGAAAAUUUGUUGGAAAAGCAAAAAGUUAGCCCUGCAGUUAAAAGAAGACUAGUAUUUGGAGAGGUCCUAAAAAAACAAUUAACAGAAAACUAUAAAGAAAAAAUCCACAUCAGAAACAUUAUUCAUCAACAAAGAACAAUAAAAGCUAUUAAAACAAAUUUACGGUCUGACGAAGUUUUAAUACAUUUAGAUUUUUCUGAGAAUUACAAUUGCAAGUACAAUGAAGAAGUACAAUCCGCUCAUUUCGGGGGAUCAAAGCCCCAACUUUCACUCCACACAGUAGUUACUAGGGAUUGCAAUCCGGUAUGGUUUCGAAUCCGGCCGGAUCCGGUCGGAUUUACGAUAAUCCGGCCGGAUCCGACCGGAUUGGCAGUAUACCUGAUUAUAUUUGCAAUUUGCGGUAUUGCCAUUGGCACUGGGAAGAUACACUAA